GGAACUACAACCCGCGGUGGCCCCAUGCUGCGUUCAUGGUCACCACUGACCACCUCUCCUGUUAUCCUUUGUAGGCAUUUGCUUAAUCCAAAUGCUGAUGAACUAUUAUCGGACCUACAUUAUUCAAAAUCAAUAGUGAAGGUAAUGGUUUGGAAGCGGUUUGGUUCGUGGGCGUUGACGCCUUGCAAACUUUGUUUGUAUGUUUUCUAUCUGCUUGAUAAGUAAUGCGAGGCUAUUCUGACAUACAAGCCUGGCGCCGUUGCUGAGGUCUGCAGAGAGACCAAAGGAACUCGUUGGUCCCAAACCUCAUGCAAAGCCUAAAGUCAUUGCCAAACGGUAGUAAGCAUGCUUCUAUGACUGCGGGAAAUUGAAGUUGCAAAGAACGCUGCACGCCGAGAUUUUGGCGUGCAAGGCUGUGCCGUACACACACACUGGCGGUGCUGGCUUGUCGCUUUGCUGACUGGUAAAUGCUUUAAUCACAUUCACAAGGCCAAUAAGGCGACGCACAUAUACACGCACGUUGAAUUCGCUGAGAGUAUGCAAAGUUGCAGGCGCGAACAUGAUCGGGACAAGUAGCACCUACGUGAUUGGCGAUAAAUAGUCCAACAGUUAAUAGAUAUGGAGACUACAGAGGAGGCGAGGGCGCAAAGGGCAAGGGUGCCCCAGAUGCCCCCAGGCGCGACGGUCUUGGAGCUACUCCGCCGUGCCCUUCAGUCAAGCAACGUUGAAGCUGAUAAGCCGAGGGAAGCUGUGGAGAACGACCGCACUGCUGAUAUCCAGGCAGAAGAUUUCGCGAAAGUCUGCGCAGGAUGGUCACCGCAACAAGCUGCAGCUGUAAUCGACCUAGCACAGCAGCAGAGCAGUCGGACGACUCUGCGAAUGGCCUAUGCCCAGCUGAGCGCCCACUUCCUGACCGGCGCGCGGCUGCUGCUGGUGGCAGCGGGCAGCAGCGCGCUGCUCGACGGCCCCUUGCUAGCGCAGCUGGUGUGCAGCGGGCCCUUGGAGCUGCUCCUUCUCAAACUCAAACCAUCUGGGUCGGAAGGAGACCAGGCGGAGGAGGUGGCAGCAGAUAAGCCAGCGGGCAGGCCAUCGGCGGGGGUGAGGAAGGGCGACGGCGCGCGGCGCAGGCGCGAGGGCGGCGAGGGCGGCGAGGGCGAGCAGGGGCAGCGGCAGCCGCUGUCUUUCAAGGGGUGGUACGUGGUGCACACGCUGGGCCGCCCGCCGGGCGGCGGCGAGGGCGCGGCCGGCGGCGCGGAGGCGGCGGGCGCGGGCGUGUGGAUGGAGGGGCUGGAGCAGUUUGCGGCGCGGCUGGUGGGGCUGCAGGCGCCGCCCGCCUCCGCCGUGGCCUCCGGCCGGGUGCCCGACUCAGUGCUGCUGGCGGUGCGGGCGGCGGUGCUGCAGGUGACGCGCCAGCUGCGCAUCGUGGACCUGGAGUGGCUGUGUGAGCAGCCCCGCGCGCUGUCCGCCCUCAGCCCCUUCUGGCGCACCUUCAGCCAGUGGACCGAGGAGCCGCGCCGCCCGCCGCCGCCGCCGCCGCCUCCCCCGCCGCCGCUGCCGCUGCCGCACCAGCUGCCGGCCGUCGACGCCGCACUGGCGGGUGGCCCGCAGGCGCCCGUCCCCGCGGCGCUGCUGCUGCAUCAGCUGAGCCAUCUGCACCACGUGCAGCAGCUGCAGGCCAUACAGCAGCAGUACGCGGCGGGGGGGCACCCGCUACAGGGUGUGCCGCCGGGGGCGGCCGCAGCGGCGGCAGCAGCCGCGAUGUUACGGGCAGCAGCGCGGCGUCCUCACCUGGCCGCACACCUGCAGCAGCCUUCCGCCGGCCUGCCGGUGCCGUUGCCGCUGGGAGUGGACCCGCUACAGCUCAACACGCCGCUCUCCCCUGCGGACAUAGCGGCGACGAUCGCUGGUGCGGCUGCGGGCGCUGCCGCCGCGGCGGCGGCCGCUGGUGCGGCGGCUGGCGCCGCCGCCGCGGCUAACGGCGGCCCCGCGCCUGGGCCGCUGCUUCCGCCGGCGCUGCCCACGGGCGGCUCGCUGCUGCUCAACAUGGUGGGCAGGGCGCGGGCGGCGGGGCCGCGGCCGCUGAUGCCGGGGGCGCUGUUCCUGGGGGGGCCGCCCGGCGCCGCAGAGCUGGCGGCCGCAGCCGCAGCCGCGGCGGACCGGCAGAGCCAGCGCGAGGGCGAGCGCGACGCGCAGGCGGAGGACGAGGACGACGAGGAGGCGGCGGAGGCACAGUGGGGCGAGGCGGAGGCCCACCCGCCGCCGCCGCAGCAGCAGCAGCAACAGAGGAAGCCCGCCAAGCGCCGGCGGGUGUCAGGCAAGGUCGCGCCGCGCACACCAGGCGGCGCCGCGGCAGGCGCGAUGUCUCCCGCCGGCGCCGGCGCUGGUGCCGUGGGCCGUGUGGUGGGCGGCGGCGGCGGCGGCGGCGGCGGGGGCUUGUUUGUGUGUGACGCUGUUGCCCAGCUGAUGGCGUUUGACCCGGACAUGGCGGCCGCGGUGGAUACGUGGCUGAGGGCGCGGGCGGCGGGGCUGGAGGCGCUGGACGGGCCGCUGGCGCCGGCUCUGUGGCGCGCCGCCAGCACGGUGGACGCCGCCGGCGGCACCGUCGCCGCCGCCAGCCGCCGCGACCGCUGGGUGUACGCGGUGGCCUUCUGCCCCGCCGGCGCCUACUACGGCGACGGCCGGCCGGGCCGCGGCACCCGCGUGCGGCUGCUGGCGCCCGUGCCGCCGCCCGGUGCAGAGGGCGGGGCUGGUGGGCUGGAGGGGCAGCAGCAGCAGCAGCAGCAGCAGCAGCAGCAGGCCGGCGACGACGGGUCUGGUGGGGCGAUGGCGGGUCUGCGGCAGGUCGAGGCGAUGGAGCCGUGGCGCUGGUUUGCGGCGCACACGGGACCGGCCCUGACCAGCCACAGGUGGCCCAAGAAGGUGGAGGUGGCACUGCAGCCGGGGCACGGCGCCGUGAUCAAGGAGGGAGUGCGGUCUGUGCGGGGUCCCGGCGGCCUGAUCUGGAUGCGCUUCGGCGACUGGCUGCCUGCGGUGCAGCGGGCCAUACGCGCGGCGCGCGGCCUGGCGCCAGACAGCGAAGAGGACCAGGUGGAGGGGCAGGAGGCUGGAGAGGAGGAAGAGGAGGAGGAGGCUGGAGAGGAGGGCGAGGGGGCUGGAGAGGAGGGAGAGCAGCCGACGGAGGCGGAGGCGGUCUCCGGGGAUACGGAGAUGGAGGAGGCGGCGGGCGCGAGCGGCCCGCCGGCGGGGCCCACGCCCAAGCGCAGGCGCGGGUCCGGCUUGCUCAAGGCGGCGGAGGAGGAGGGGGCGGAUGGGGCGGCGGCACAGGUGGCGGGGGCACAGGAGGCGCACAAGGCACGCCUCGCCACAGCGGCAUCGAGGCUGACCGAGUUGGUGAACGCCGAGUAUGCUGUGAUGGCACGGCGGAAAGAGCUGUCAGAGCAGCAGCAGCGGCAGCAGCCGCCACAGCCGCCACAGCAGCAGCAGGUUCCAAACGGCGGCCACGACGGCGCCCUGCCCCAGCCGGUGCUGCCGCCGCUGGGCCCGCCGCUGCCGCCGCCGCCCAGCUCGGCGCUCCUGUCCGACAUCCGGCGCCGCUUCAAGCAGCCUGUGGACGCCGAGGCGGAGGCCGCCGCCGCCGCCCCCGGCGCGCCCGAGCUGCCGGCGCUGGCGCAGCUGCGGGCGGUGGACCCGGAGGCGGCGGAGCUGGCGGCGGCGGCGCUGGCGGCCAAGGGCGCCGAGGUGGUGCGCACCGGGCCCAACGCGCCGACGCUGUGGUGCUACCGGCUGUACGGCGCGGUGCGGUACGGGCUGGCGGUGUGCCCCGCCGGCCGCAGCUACGUGGACGUAGUGCCCAACCGCAUCGGCGGCACGCCCCUGCGCAUCCUCUACACGCCGCCCGCCGCCGAGAUGGCGGCGGCCGGCGGCGGCGGCGAGGGCAGUGGCGGCGGUGGUGGUGGUGGCGGCGGCGGCGGCGCUCGGGCGUGUGUGGAGCUGCUGCCUCGCACCUGGUUCCGGGAGACGUCGGGCGGGCGGGCGCGCACCAUCCGUUGGCAGACCAAGGUGGAGGUGGCGGUGCAGCGGGGCCGGCCCGAGGACAGGUUCUGGACGGCCGCGGACAUGAGGCUGCACGCGGGCCUGUCCUGGGUGCCGUACGUGACGUGGCGCGGCGAGCUGACGUCGGACCUGGAGGCGGAGGAGGCGGGCGAGGCGGCGGCCGGGAUGGGGAUGGGGGCAGCGGAGGAGGCCGGCGACAUGCCGGCCGGAGGCCCGCCCUACCCCGGCGGCCCCGGCCCUGGCCCCAGCGGCCCCGGCCUUGGACCCGGCUUCAUUUACACCCCCGCCCCACCCCCAGCCCCCGGCAUCCUGUCCGGCGGCUCCCAGCCUCUGGGCAGCCGCCCCGUGCCUGUGAGCACUCGCGUGUGGCGGCCGCACUCGGGCGCCUCGGUGGCGGCGGCGGCGGCGCUGAGCCCGGCGCCUGACGCGGUGUCUCAGCUGCGGCUGCUGGACGCGGCGGCGGCGGAGCUGGUGGGGGCGGAGCUGGAGCGGCAGGUGGACAGGGCGGUGGCGGGGCCCAACGCGCCGCGGCUGUGGUGCUAUCGCUUCCCCGACCUGGUGGGCUAUGCGGUGGCCUUCUGCCCGGCCGGCGCCACCUACACCGCAGGCCGCCAGGGCCGGGACUCGCUGGUCCGCCUCAUCCACGUCGUCACGCCCGCCUCAGUCGCCGCCACAGCAGCCGCAGCCGCAUCCGCCGCCGCCUCACAGCCGGGCGAGGAGGAGGAGGGCGGCGCGGGCGGCAGGGAGGGCGGUGCCCGGGAGGAGCGGAAGGGCGGGGAGGAGGAGGAGGCGGACAAGGGCGAGCGGCGCAGCAAGAGCGAGGCCCGGGACGGCGAGAGCUCGGACGGCGGCCGGGGCUCGGCGGCGGCCGGCGGCAAGGCGCGGCCGGCGCUGGGAGGGUCGCGGUCGGGCAGUGCGGCGGCGCCAUGGCUGCCGCGCCUGUCGCCCGGCGAGGUGCGGGUGGAGGUGGUGGAGCCGUGGGUGUGGUUCAAGACCACUGCGGGCCGCUACGCCAAGUCCUACAAGUGGCAGCACAAGGUGGAGGUGGCCAUGCUGCCGGGCGAGGGGCAGAGGCCGCCCGGCGCCAGGCCGGGGGCGCCGCUGCGGCCAAAGGGCCACAUCGUGGACGGCCUGCGCUGGGCACGCUACGUGGACUGGCGCGCCUCGCUCAUGGGGCCCGCGCCCGCACCCCCACCCGCACACGCACACGCACACGCAUCCGCACACGGGGUGGCAGCAGCGCCACACGGGGCCGCAGCACCGGCAGCAGCGGCAGGCGGCUCCGGCCCUGGCUCCCAGUCCCCGGACCCAGGCGCGGCUGCUGCCUCCGCCGCUGCCGGCGGGUCGGCCCAUCCGCCACCCGAGAAUCCGUUGGCGCGGGCCUUUAUAGACCGGGUGAUGGCAUGGGUGGCGCAGAACGGCACCACGGGUAUGGGGGCGGCGGCGGACGGCGGCGACGCGGCGGCGGCUAGGGAGCAGGAGGUGCGGCGGCAGAGGGGCGCCCUGAGGUUGAUGGAGGAGGCGGGGGUUCCGCUGGACGACGACAACCUGGCCAAGAUUCUGUUGUUCAUGAAUUUUUAUCCCUCGCAUGAGCCGCUGCCAUGGCAGCAACCGCACGGGCAGCAGCAGGGGCAGCAGCAGCCACAGGGGCAGCAGUCGCAGGGGCCGCAGCGGCAGGGGCUGCAGGGGCCGCGAGAGCAGCAGCAGCAGCAGCAGCAGCAGCAGCCGGGGGAGCAGCCGGGAGAGCAGCAGCAGCAGCAGCAGCAGCCGGGUCCGGCACCGGGGCCUGAGCGGCUGGCACCGCCGGCCAAGGCGGUUGCGGCCCCGGAGGACGAGGGGGAGGACGAGAAGGACGAGCACGGGGCCGCAGGCGGCGAGGCCGGGGAACUGGAGGGUGGCGACGGCGGUGCUGCUGCAACCCCUGCCGUUGCCACCCCCGCGCCAAUCGCUGCCGUCACGCCGCUGGCGGCUACGCGUGGUGCCGGAGCCGGCUUCUCAGCUGCCGCCUCGGCAGCCGCCGCCUCCUCCUCGUUCUUUGCGGUGCGGCAGUACGCGGCUGUGGACGCGGCGGCGGGCAGGCUGGUGGCGGCGGCGCUGCCGGGCCGCACGCGGCACCUGACGGGGCCCAACGCGCCGACGCUGUGGUGCUUCCGGCUCAACCACGGCGCCCUGACCCGCUACGGGCUGGCGUACUGCCCGGGCAGUACGGCGUACGACGACGCCGUGCCCAACCGCCGCGGCGGCACUGCCGUACGCAUCCUGUACGUGGCUCCCACGGGGUCGGCGGCGGCGGCGGUGGGUGGAGGCGGCAAGGGCACGCCCGGCCCCAAGCCCAAGGGCCGCAAGGCGGCUGGCGGCGUGGAGGCUGCGGACGAGGACGGCGGCGAGCCGGAGGACGAGGCGGCGGCUGCGGCUGCGGCUGCGGCGGACGGCGAGGACUCCAAGCCCGGCUCUUCCGCCGCCGACGCGACCAAGCGGCGGCGCUCCUCCAAGGGCGGCGCCGGCGACUCGCCUCAGGGCCAGCAGGCCAAGGGCGGCGGCGGCGGCGGCCAGGCUGUUCAUGCGAGCCCGGGGUGUGUUCGGGCUGUUGAGGACCUGGUGCCGCGGGCCUGGUUCGAGGCCACGGCGGGGCCCUCCACGCCCAGCCGGCGCUGGCAGGUCAAGGUGGAGGUGGCGCUGCCGCCCGGCCUAGCGCUGGCGGAGCUGCGGCCGCCGCUGCCGCCCAACACCCGGGUGGUGGAGCGCUCCGGACUGCGCUGGGUCAAGUACCAGGAGUGGCGGGCGGCCUUCGACGCCGCCGCGCCCGCGGCGGCAGGCGGCGUCGCUAGCCCCCGCAUAAAGGCCGAGCCGGGCAGCACCCCGGGCGGCAGCGGCGGCGGCUCCGGCCGGCGGGGCGUCAAGCGCAGGGCGCCGGCGGCCGCCGUGGGCGCAGAUGGGGAGGAGGAGGACGAGGAGGAGGAGGAGGAGGAUGGCGAGGAUGAGGAAGAGGAAGAGGAGGAGGAGGAGCAGGAGCAGCCCAAGAAGAAGGGGUUUGGCCGGCGCAAGGCGGCCCGAACGGAUGCGGCCGUGGCUGGGGGCGAGGACGAUGGGGCCAAUGACAAUGCCGACAGCGCUUCGGGCUCGGUGGGAUCCGAUGCCAGUGGCGAGGGGGCAGAUGACGAGGACGAGGACGAUGAGGAGGCUGGGGAUGAUGGCGCCACGAUGUCUCCGAGCUCGGGUCGCGGCCGUGGGCGCGGACGGGGCCGGGGCCGCGGACGUGGACGCGGCCGGGGCCGCGGCCGCUGGGGCAGCCGGGUUCUCGGCGGCCCCGACGAUGGCGGCGGCGGCGAGGGCGAGGGCGGCGGCGUCCCUGUGGACCGCGCCUACGAGGCGGCGGCGCUGGCGCUGGCGGACGUGGUGUGGGACAAACUGAUGGCGGGCUCUGGCGGCAGCGGGAGUGCAGGCGGAGCGGCAGGCAGUGGCGGCAGCGGCGGCGCUCUGGACACGACGCCGGUGCUGGUGCGGCUGCGCUGCUCACGCAGCCGGCACGAGCACCGCUUCGGAGUGGCGCUGUGUCCUCCGGGGGCGCGGCACGGCGACGGCGGCCCGGGCCGGGAGACCGGUGUGCGGAUCGUGUACCUGACGCCAGGCGGGGUGGCGGCGCCGCCUGUUCCCCCGGGGGAGCCCGCCGCAGGGUCGCGCGCGCCGGCGUCCGCGGUGGAGGCCGCGACUGCGGUGGCGCUGGCGGCGGCCGCCGGGCAGCCGCUGCCUCCUGCGGCGGAGGCGGCGGCCGGCGCCGACAGCGGCGAGGGCUCCGCCUCCUCCUUCCCUGUGCUGACGCCCAACGUGUUCAACCAGCAGGCGGGCGCGGGCGCCUCGGGCUCCUACCCCUGGCGCUUCUGGGUGCAGGUGCUGGUGCGCGACCCCCAGCGGCAGCUGCCGGCCUCCUGGCUGCCGUACGGCAAGUGGGUGGGCGAGCUGCGCGAGGCGGCGGCGGCACGGCCCGCGGACGACCCCCAGCGCUUCGCAGGCGUGGCCGCCCCUGUGUCGGCCCGGGAGCUGCCGCAGUACCAACCAAAGCUGCAGUGAGCGCGGCUAUGUAGCCGCAGUUGUAGCAGCUGUAGCAGCUGUAGCAGUAGCAUGCUGAGGGCGCUGUGGGAUGAUUGCCAGAGACACUGAGAACCACGGCAACGGUUGGGUUGCGCGCGGCGUGCCGUGCACAUGUGCUGUGCGCAUCCAGCGCCCGUCGGCGUUGGCAGCGGUGCGGCAUGCAUGACACGUCUUGUACUGGAUUGGGCUGCUUGGGCUCACAGGACCACACCCCGGCGUGUAGGGCGUUGGGCACUGAGGAAUGGGGCACCGUAAUUCAUUUGUGUAUUGAUAUGUAUAUGUGAUUGGGUGUGUGGGUGUGUGUUUGUCGGUGGGGCGGCGCGCACUGUGCGUGGGGAAGAGAACUGAGCGGAGGCACUGAGGCGGGCGGGGCCGCGCGCAGCAAUGGCGAGACUUCUUUUGGACGUGGGUGGCAGACGGUGUGUAAGAGUGUAUGAUGUGCUAGGACGGCCGAAGGGUACAUGUGUAUUGAAGAGCACAAGGAACAAAAUGUGUAGGACAGUGUAUGCGAUGCAGAGCCACGGGAGGCUACAGGUGUGUAUGUGUGUAUUAGGACAGACACAAUGAGGCAAAGUGCGACAAACUGCUGCGCCACCAAACGCGCCUGCUGGUGGUAGUACUGUGAACUGGGCGCAGGAGCUUGGAGCGCACCAAGUACCGGCAUCACCCACGCAGAAUAACGGCACCUGUACAGCCUGCUUGCACACAGGUGCCCUAACAAAAACGAAGCCAUGCACACCACUGGGCUUCUGGACCGUGAGUGGUCCCGUGAGGGGACAGGCGUGCAGUGGUGGGGCACCUAACGCAGGGCCACCGAUGACUCCUGAGCAGUGAGCGGUGGGCAGGCCCGGCUAUGGGGUGGGCGUUUGAACAAUGCACUGGAUAAGGUGCGCGCGCGGAGUGCGGCUGGCUGAGGACAAAUGUAAUACGGGUUCAGU